AUGGAAGAAAAAACACGCUUGCGUGAGCAGGAAUUGCCCCUGCCAAACAUUAAACAGUCGGGCUCGGCAAUCGAGAAGAAACAACGCCGUCGCAGACGAUGGGCAGCCUCGGCUCUUUUAACCAGUCUCGCCUUGAUGGCGUGGACGCACUGCGGCAGCGGUUCUCUCUUGGCAGGCCGCAACCCGAUCCAGAAACAACCGCAAUGCGCGCAGGUCGCGCCUCUGCGGCCUAAUGCCAGCACCACAAAGCUGGAUGAGAUGGAUGUCUAUCUCAAGUCGUCUGUCUUCAAGGACGUCAGCGCAGCUCGUCUCUCGGGCGCCGUUCGCAUCCCGACCGUGUCGUAUGAUGACCUGAGCGAGGAUGUCUCGGCCGACCCCCGAUGGAAUGUCAUGCCGCCGUUUGUGGAGUAUCUGGCCAAGACUUUCCCGCUUGUGCACGAGAAGUUGGUCCUGGACAAGAUCAACACGCAUGGGCUCCUGUACACCUGGCAGGGGUCCGAAAAGUCCCUGAAGCCGACCUUGCUCAUGGCCCACUACGACGUCGUCCCCGUUGCCAACGAGACCGUUAGUUCAUGGACGCACCCGCCCUUCAGCGGGCACUUCGAUGGUCACUACGUUUGGGGCCGUGGUUCUAUGGACUGCAAGAACACGCUGAUUGGCAUCCUUUCUGCCGUUGAGGCGCUGCUUGAGGCAGGCUUCUCUCCGCGUCGUACGGUCCUGCUCUCGUUUGGCUUUGACGAGGAAAUUUCCGGUGCUCGCGGUGCAGGCCACCUGGCGCCAGAGAUCUUGUCACGGUACGGCAAAGAUGGAAUCGCCAUCCUGGUCGACGAAGGAGCGGGCAUGACAAAGACAUGGGGUACCACAUUUGCACUCCCUGGCGUCGCCGAGAAGGGGUACAUGGACGUAGACGUCGUGGUGCGCAUGCCCGGCGGCCACUCUAGCAUCCCUCUUCCGCACAACGGCAUCGGCGUCAUGUCCCAGCUCAUCGUGGCGCUCGAGGACAACCCGUACUCGCCACGCCUGAGCGACGAGAACCCCUAUCUCAGCCUCCUUCAAUGCGGGAACGACCACGCCGAGGAUUUCCCCAAGGGUCUCAGCAAGCUUCUCGGCAAGCGCGGCGAUGGCAGAGGCCACUGUCGUAAAGACCCCUUGGCCGAGGAGGCCGCCAAGGCCGGCGCCGGGACGAAGUUCCUCUUCACGACAUCGUUUGCGCCCGACAUCAUCCACGGCGGCGUCAAGGUCAACGCGCUGCCGGAGCGUACGGCCCUGCGGAUCAACUACCGCAUCAACGUCGGUGAGACGACGGCGCAGGUUCGCGACCGCCUCAAGCACCUGGCCGGCAAGGUGGCUGCACGCCACAAUCUCACGCUCAACGCCUUUUCGCACGUGCCGACGGGCAACGUGGACGAGCCGGACAAUGAUGAAGAGGAACCGUCGUCCAUCACGCUGCGAGUGCGCCGCGCACCGCUCGAGCCGGCGCCCGUCACACCCACUUCGGUUGAUGGCAUCACGCCGUACGCGGUGCUUUCGGGCACUACCCGGGCGCUGUACGGCGAGGAGCUGGUCGUUGCGCCAUCGCUCAUGACGGGCAACACGGACACGAGGUACUACUGGGACGUGACCAAGCACAUCUUCCGGUACAUGCCGGCGUUUGAACUCGAAUCCACGGACGACUUUAUGGACGGGAUCCACACCGUGAACGAGAAGGCGAGCAUCGGCGCGCAUAUUAAUGGUGUGGCUUGGUUCACUAUGUUUAUCAGAAACAUGGAUGAAGUUGAGUUGGAGUAG